AUGAGCAGAGUUGAUGUUGAGCGAUUGGAACAAGUUGACUCCUUUGCAAGGAAAAUUCAAACUGAAGAAGAUGCUAAAGCAGAUGUCGAUAAAGAGAAGAACCUCAUUACCCAGGGCGAUGAUAAUAGCAAUAGAGGAGGUGGUGGUGUUUCAAUAGGCACCAGAUCAAAGAGAAAGAAAAUUGGUGAUGAAAGCGAUAGGCCAAUCAAGAGAGGCGGAGGUCGCAACGGUGAUCAUGGUGGUAGAAGUGGCGGCGGUGAUCGUGGUGGCAGAGGUGGUGGCGGUGAUCGUGGUGGCAUAGGAGGUGGAAGUGGUCGUGGUGGCCGUUCUAUCCCUCCUUUUCGAAACCUUCUAAAUGGUGAAGAAUUUAACAGUCAAGGAUUCUUCUACCCAAUCGACCCACUCGUGAAAAAGGAAGAUCAAUAA